AUGACCCCAAUGACAAAAUAUGAAGAUUUAUGCAACGAAAUUCAUAUGGAAAUUUAUGAAUUUCUCGAUUUUUAUUCUGUAUUUAAAUCGUUUUGGAAUAUUAAUGAACGUUUUAAUCAAAUACUGACUGAUAAACGUCUUCGUUUAACUCAAACAACAAAAUAUAUUCCCGCUCAAUUCUUUCAUUCGUAUUUUGAACAAAAUCUUUCAAUUAUAGGUAAUCAUUUAGUAUCAUUAAAAUUUCAAAGUGAUGAAAAUCAACAAAAUAUAAAAUUACUCUUACUAUUAUCUAUCUGUAAUUUUUCACAAUUUCAUCGUCUUGAAUCAUUAAUAAUAAUUGGUGGUAUAUACUCAAUUGAGAAUCUAACUCGUUUAAUAUUAGAAUUGAAAAAUGUAUCAAAACUCACAACAUUAUAUAUUAAUCAAAUACGAUUAGUAGGAAUAUAUCAUGAUAAUAUUAUAAAAAUGAUUUUAUUUGAAAAUUAUUUACCACAGUUGAGAAAAUUCAUGUUUCUCAAUGCUUUUGUACCUAGCUAUGAUUCAUCUUCACAAUCAUGUCAUAAUAUUGAAAAUUUAACAAUCUCUUGUUCAAAGGAUGUACUUUCUUGGCUAUUUAUUCAUUCACCAAAAUUAAUAUAUUUAAAUUUAAGACUUUAUCCACCCUUUGAAGUUCAUCAUUUAUCAUCAGUCGAAGCAUUAUCAUUACCAAUGGUUCUUUUAUUAAAACAUCUUAAAAUAUGUAUUUUUGAAGUAUUAUGUUGUGAUAUAUCAAUAGUAUUGAAAUCCAUGCCGAAUUUAAAAAUAUUAGAAAUAAAUGGUGAUGCUAGUCAUUUAGCUUUACUCGAUGGUCGAAUGAUUAUGAGCUUAGUUCCAACAUUAUUAAAAUAUACGAUUGAAUUAGAAAUGCCAUCGCCAGUAAUCAAUGUCAGUAUUGAUUGGAUAUUAGAAACAUACAAUUGGCACAAUGUUCAAUGUUCGAUAUGUGGAUGCUCUAUUCUGCUAUCAGCUAAGAAAAAAUAG